CGAGGCGGCCAGUACACUCCCCCCUGCCCCCCGCGCCAUGGCGUCCAACGCGGAGCUGGGAGACGGCCUCCUCACCGAGCUGCAGGGGGACACCCGAAGCCUCCUACUGCCCGAUAAUGUCAGCGCUGGCCAAAAACUGGACUUUUCGGACACAAUGGUCCAACAGAAAUUGGAUGAUAUAAAGGAUCGGAUCAAACGGGAAAUAAGAAAGGAACUGAAAAUCAAAGAGGGAGCAGAAAACCUCAGGAAGGUCACAACGGAUAAAAAAAAUUUGGCUUACGUGGACAACAUUUUGAAAAAAUCCAAUAAAAAAUUGGAAGAAUUGCAUCAUAGACUACAGGAAUUAAAUGCUCAUAUAGUUGUAACAGAUCCAGAAGAUCUUACAGAUUGUCCCAGGACCCCAGAUACUCCAAAUAGUGACCCCCGUUGUUCUACUAAUAAUAAUAGAUUGAUGGCGUUAAAAAAACAAUUGGAUAUAGAACUAAAAGUGAAACAAGGAGCAGAGAACAUGAUUCAGAUGUACUCAAAUGGAUCUUCAAAAGAUCGAAAACUCCUUGCCACAGCUCAACAGCUGCUCCAGGACAGUAAGACAAAAAUAGAAGUCAUAAGGAUGCAGAUUCUUCAGGCCAUCCAGACCAAUGAACUGGCUUUUGAUAACGCAAAACCUGUGAUAAGCCCCCUUGAGCUUCGAAUGGAAGAAUUACGGCAUCAUUUUAGGAUAGAGUUUGCCGUGGCAGAAGGUGCCAAAAAUGUGAUGAAAUUACUCGGAUCUGGAAAAGUUACAGACAGAAAAGCACUUUCAGAAGCUCAAGCAAGAUUUAAUGAAUCAAGCCAGAAGCUGGACCUCUUAAAGUAUUCACUGGAACAAAGAUUGAAUGAACUUCCUAAAAAUCAUCCCAAAAGCAGUAUUAUUAUAGAGGAACUUUCGCUAGUCUCCUCACCAACACUAAGUCCUCGUCAGAGUAUGAUCUCUACGCAAAACCAAUAUAGUACGCUCUCCAAACCAGCCGCAUUAACAGGUACUUUGGAAGUUCGGCUUAUGGGAUGCCAAGACAUCCUGGAAAAUGUCCCUGGGCGGUCAAAGGCCACAUCUGUCACCCUACCCGGUUGGAGCCCAAGCGAAGCUAGAUCAUCCUUCAUGAGCAGAACGAGCAAAAGUAAAAGCGGAAGCAGUCGAAACCUUCUAAAAACAGAUGACUUAUCCAAUGAAGUGUGUGCUGUUUUGAAGCUGGACAAUACUGUGGUUGGUCAAACUAGCUGGAAGCCCAUUUCUAAUCAGUCCUGGGACCAAAAGUUUACACUGGAACUCGAUAGGUCACGCGAAUUAGAAAUUUCAGUGUAUUGGCGUGAUUGGAGAUCUCUCUGUGCGGUGAAGUUUCUACGGUUGGAAGAUUUUUUAGACAACCAGCGACAUGGCAUGUGUCUCUAUUUGGAGCCCCAGGGUACUUUAUUUGCAGAGGUUACUUUUUUUAAUCCAGUUAUUGAAAGAAGACCCAAACUCCAGAGACAAAAGAAAAUUUUUUCAAAACAACAAGGCAAAACAUUUCUCAGAGCUCCUCAAAUGAAUAUUAAUAUUGCCACUUGGGGAAGGCUGGUGAGAAGAGCUAUUCCUACAGUAAAUCAUUCUGGCACCUUCAGCCCUCAAGCCCCCGUGUCUGCUCCAGUGCCAGUGGUUGAUGUACGCAUUCCCGAACUAGCAGCGCCAGCUAGUGAUUCUACGGUAACUAAAUUGGACUUUGAACUCGAACCCGACCCUCCAACUGCUCCGCCACGUGCAUCUUCUCUCGGGGAAAUUCAUGACUCUUCCUCUGAAUCAAAAGUUUUGGAUCCACCAGUUAAGGAUUCAGAAACUGUUUUUGAUAUUGAUAAUGGCAGAAAUAUUGUUCCAAAAUCCCAACCUGAAAUAAUAUAUGAACCUGAUAUUCCUCAGUCAGGUCUGGAGUUUAGUCCCGUCCGAGAGCCUGAGGAUAGAAGAUCUCAGCAGAGAUUUCAGUUUAGCCUCCAAGACUUCCGGUGUUGCGCGGUGUUGGGGAGAGGACAUUUUGGAAAGGUGCUCUUGGCUGAAUACAAAAACACAAAUGAGAUGUUCGCUAUCAAAGCCUUAAAGAAAGGAGACAUUGUUGCUCGAGAUGAAGCGGACAGCCUUAUGUGUGAAAAGCGAAUAUUUGAAACUGUGAAUAGUGUAAGGCAUCCCUUUUUGGUGAACCUUUUUGCUUGUUUCCAAACCAAAGAUCAUGUUUGCUUUGUAAUGGAAUACGCUGCCGGUGGGGACCUAAUGAUGCACAUUCAUACCGAUGUCUUUUCUGAACCAAGAGCUGUAUUUUACGCGGCAUGCGUUGUUCUUGGAUUACAAUAUUUACACGAACACAAGAUAGUUUAUAGAGAUUUGAAAUUGGAUAAUUUGUUGCUGGAUACAGAAGGCUUUGUGAAAAUUGCUGAUUUUGGUCUUUGCAAAGAAGGAAUGGGGUUUGGAGACAGAACGAGCACAUUCUGUGGCACUCCGGAAUUUCUUGCCCCAGAAGUGCUGACUGAAACAUCCUACACAAGAGCUGUGGAUUGGUGGGGCCUUGGCGUGCUUAUCUAUGAGAUGCUGGUCGGGGAGUCUCCGUUUCCUGGUGAUGAUGAAGAGGAGGUUUUUGACAGUAUUGUAAAUGAUGAAGUAAGGUAUCCACGGUUCUUGUCCACAGAAGCUAUCUCCAUAAUGAGAAGGUUAUUGCGGAGAAACCCAGAGCGGCGCCUGGGAGCUGCUGAAAAGGAUGCCGAGGAUGUGAAAAAGCAUCCGUUUUUCCGAUUAAUCGAUUGGAACGCUUUGAUGGCCAAGAAACUGAAGCCCCCAUUUGUACCCACCAUUAGAGGACGAGAAGAUGUCAGUAAUUUUGAUGAUGAAUUUACCUCAGAAGCACCUAUUCUGACUCCACCUCGGGAACCAAGGAUACUUUCAGAAGAGGAGCAAGAAAUGUUCACAGAUUUUGACUACAUUGCUGACUGGUGUUAAAGAAGACACUGUGAAAACACAGCAGCUUGACUGAAAGCAAAAAACAAACACCUCCUUAAAAAGAAUAGCAACCCUUCGAUUGCUCUCUGUGCCACCAGUAGCUUCUGAUUUCAUUAUUAAUCACGUGAAGAUUUGUUUAAGAGAACUGUCGCAACACUCUCUUCGAAGAGUGGCGUCUUUGGAUUAUCUGUCCACUGUUAAUCUGAGCACUGGAAACAGUUUUAUGGAGUUUGACCUGAGUUUUUAAACAGAGGCCGUUCGAAGCUCUUUCACACGUGGACACGUCCGGAUCGAUACUGUCUCGCUUUUCAUUCUUCUGCAGCGGAUAAACUCUGUCAGAUUCCUUUCGGAAGCAGAAGAAAGGCCGGGUUUGAGCUAAAAAAAAAAAAAAAAAAAAAUUCAGUUAACUUCACACAGCCGUGGCUUGGGAUGCUAUUGAAAUUCAGCACAUGAUUUUAUCUGAAUAAGGCAAAUGCUGUCGUUUUGAAACAAAAUUAUUGUAAUGUCCCAAAAAGGGUAGUUUUGCUGUUUAUGCACAUCUAGGUCUUGAGUUCUAAAGUAACUGAAUGAAUCAAUGCCUUCUUUUGUAAAAUUUUCUAUGAUAUUUAUUAGGAGGAAAUAUUUUUCAAUGCCUUAACUUUAGUAACCAUGUAAGUGCUUCCACAAGAAUGCAGACAGGUUCUCAAAGCAUACCGAGCUACUUGCCAAACGGUGUUUGCGGAGCCUCCCCGAAGCAAACGAAAUGGAAAAAAAACAAAAACCAGCAUUUAUUUAAAAAGGAGAGGAUGACUGCAUCGAGUUGGCCUGAACCAAGAUACUGCGUUGAUUGUCGUAUGCAUUCCCAAAGCCUAUUCUAUUCUUGUAUGUUUUUCAGACUCAUGCUUUUUCCCAAAAAUCAAGAGACCGGGUCACCAUUUUGCAAAAAAGAAAAAAAAAGGGGCGGGGGGAGAAAGGAAAAAAAACACCAAAAAAAAGUACUAAUAACCUGUUUCAUCCUGUAUCUGCUGUAAAAGAUAACCGUAUCACUCUUAAAUCGUCAGGAUCGUUGGGGUAUACAUGCUGUGAACAUGUAUAUGUGCAAGCUGUAAUGUAUUCUAAGCUCCAGACUCGUUAUUUAAGUUUACCACUUCAUCACCCUUGCGCAGUGGCCGAGGAGACGCCUCAGCAUCAAAGCGAAGAGCACGUGUGUACGUCUUAGGCCGCUGGAUCCAGAAUUUAUAUUGGCAGAUACCGAGGGUAAAAAAGCAAUAUGUCGGGAUAGAAUGUAAAAAUAUUUUUGAUAAAACAUUGUAUAUUUUAUAAGCUUCUAUUGUAACACUAAAAACUGUACCUCAAAAGCCUCCAGAAAUGGUUUGAUCAUAUAGUUUUACAACUUUUUAAGGAGUCAUUCCUCAGUGCUACUACAGGAAAGUCACUCGCUGCCAACCGCCACUUUCCUCUGGCCUACAGAUUUUUUUUUUCCCCCCUCUCAGUCCAUGACUUCACUGUUUUUCCUUAGUUCAGUAAAAACAUCUGUGAUCCUGCGCUUAGCCUGGUAAGGUCAUCAUACCUCAUGAAUAGGAAGUUGUUGGCUUAAGCAUCUUAAAUUAAUUAUAGAAUCCAAGCUCACUGACUGUCAAAGGGUUGGAUCGGGAAGGCCUACAGGUGGGAGAAGCAGCGCUCCACUUUCUAAACUCCUCCCUUUCCCCCCUCGACGACUGGCGUGGUUGUGAAACAGCGGGCGGAGGAAAUCCACCUUAACCUCCAAACCGUUCUCGGGGUCGUGACGGCAACCCGAAUCCUUGGGAAAGCAGGGUGCUGGGUAGUUUAUUGCACAAUUUAAAACCACGUCUGGUCAGAUGGGCUUUUUGAAAAAUGAAUUCGAAGGUGCAGAUUGGCUUCCUCGGCAAGAGACGCAAUGGGAACUUAGCUUCAUACCGUGGCUUUACGUAUGAACCUUAGAACGCUUGGAAUCGAAACGGCGUUACGCAUUAUAAAACACUAAAUACUUUUGUGGUACAGUCUGCUCCCUGUUGAGUUUCUCCAAAAUCACGUAGAAAACAGUGUCUAAAGAGGAGCUUUUUAGCAUUAAAAACUGACUUAGCCUUUUUGUAACUACAUUUGUACAGAGAUUUUUUUUUUUUUGAAAUUGAAGUAAAUCACUAAAAAAAAAAAAUUAGAGGGCAGGGUAUGUUCACACAAUUAAGCUGAAGAAAGCACUAAUUUUCUCUGUAGUUUUUCAAACUAUAUUUUUAGUCAGAUUUGAAACUCUAGAUUGUACAUAUAUUUUGCUAUACUGUAUCUGUAAGUGGCUGCUCAAGCACUUUGUAAGGAAAUUUAGAAUAUUUUAGAAUGGUACACUAUGCAUUAAAACGAAAUGUGCCUUUAACCAUGUCAUUCUAAAAAAAAAAAACCCGAGUGUGUUGCAGUCAUUAAUAUCACAAAUGCACAAAUUAAAGUUGAAAUAGAUUGUAA